AUGGCAUACUUCUACGACCUCGAGACCCUUCGACCGCAUCGCACGACUCCUGUACCAGUUCGACUAGACCGUCGACCUUCCGUACGCCAUCAGAUUCAUCGAUCAGCCUCAAGCAUCAGCGAUCAGCAUCAAGCAUCAGGUCUUGUCAGCUUGUCGAUAUGUGCGAAUACACCAAAGUCGAGUACGCAUGUGGCCACCUGCGGUACACUGUGCGCGCCUGGUGUUGGUAUCAAGUAUCAGGAGUCACAUCGACGUUGUCCGGCGAACGUCGUCGCAGUGGAGUAUCGAUUGGACGAGAAGUGCGGUAAGGACUUUUAA